CAAUCCUUCUCCCUCUCCGGCUCCGAACCAUUCACGUUCUCCGGCAGCUCUGGUCAUCGCCGCCAUUUCGGUUUCUAACUUUAUGUUGGUGUUUCUCCUUCCCUUUAUUUCUCAGUUAUCACUUAAUUAGCUUUCGUGAAAUCACUUUCAAAUUUAGUGUUCAGAUCUCUGUAUGAUUGCAAUGUCCCCAACUUUAAUUUCGUGAUCGUCUCCGAGAAAGACUAGGAUCUCAUUGUUGGAAAAUGAAGGAUCGUGAUAAGCUCAAUUCUGGAUUUUAGAAGUCGUUUCUACUUGAUUAUGGAGUUUAUUGUAUCCAAUUGUUAGAUCGAAACUCUUUUGUUCUCAAAAAUGGCAGAGUGAAGCUGUGACGUGGUCUCUCUGGUAAUGGAAGAGAUCAGGAAAGAAAUAGAUGUCGGUGAUUGGCAUUCAAAUCUAGCUCACGAUGAAUGGACACCACUCCCUGUUUCUGGCUCUCGAGCAUCAGCUCGUUACAAGCAUGCGGCAGUGGUUGUUGAUGAGAAGCUCUACAUUGUUGGUGGAAGCCGGAAUGGCCGAUACUUAUCUGAUGUCCAGGUGUUUGAUCUUAGAAGUUUGACUUGGUCUAGUUUGAAACUGAAAACUGAAUCAUCAAGUGCUGAUAACAUUCAAGAGGAUGAUGGUAGCAGCUUACGGGAAGCUUUUCCUGCUAUUUCAGACCAUCGCAUGAUUAAGUGGGGAAACAAGCUUCUUUUGAUCGGGGGACACUCCAAGAAGUCAUCAGAUAACAUGUUAGUGCGGUUCAUUGAUUUGGAAACACAUUCAUGUGGAGUCAUUGAUGUGUUUGGGAAUGUUCCGGCUUCACGUGGUGGACAUUCCAUUACACUGGUUGGAUCCCGAGUUCUUGUUUUUGGUGGGGAAGAUAAGAACAGGAGACUGCUGAAUGAUCUGCAUGUUCUUCAUCUUGAGACAAUGACUUGGGAUGUUGUAGAGACAAAGCAGACACGCCCAGUUCCCAGAUUUGAUCACACAGCUGCCACACAUUCUGAUCGCUACCUCUUGAUUUUUGGUGGUUGUUCUCAUUCGAUUUUCUACAGUGAUCUUCAUAUCCUUGACUUGCAAACAAUGGAGUGGUCACAGCCUCAUGUUCAGGGAGAUGUUGUAACUCCUCGGGCAGGACACGCUGGAAUCACCAUUGACGAAAACUGGUAUAUAGUUGGGGGCGGUGAUAACAGUACUGGUUGUUUAGAGACCCUUGUUCUAAAUAUGUCAAAGCUGGUUUGGUCUACAUCAACCCAUGUAGAAGCAAGACAUCCACUUGCUAGUGAGGGUCUCAGUGUAUGUUCAGCAUCAGUAUUUGGAGAGAACAUCUUAGUAGCUUUUGGCGGCUAUAACGGGAAGUAUAACAAUGAUAUAUUUGUCAUGAGGCUAAAACCAGGAGAAUCCUCACAUCCCAAAAUCUUUAAGUCACCAGCAGCCGCUGCAGCUGCAGCCUCUGUCACUGCUGCUUAUGCCAUAGCCAAGUCAGAUAAGUCAGAUUAUCCUCCACCUGCAAAUCCAACUCUCAAUGGAAAUGGAAACAGUCUUCCUGAGAGAGAUAUUAGGAACAGAAUCGAUACCAUUAAAGAAGAAAAAAGAGCAUUGGAGUCAUCUAUUGCGGAAACUCAAGUAGAAAACGCGAAGCUCAGGGAAAAGAUAGAUGAAGUCAAUAGUAGCCACACUGAGCUAUCUCAAGAACUCCAAUCUGUAGAAGGUCAACUUAUUUCAGAACGGUCUAGAUGCUUUAAACUCGAGGCACAAAUAGCAGAAUUGCAGAAAGCACUGGAGUCAGGGCAAUCCAUCGAAGCUGAAGUUGAGAUGCUUAGAAGACAGAGGUCAGCGUCUGAUGAAGAAGAAGACGGGACUGUGCAAAGGCAAGGCUCUGCUGGUGUGUGGGGUUUGUUUGGAAGGUAAAUCCCAAACAGUUUGGCGACACAAAUACCUAUAAGCUCUGACGAAACAAACAUUGGUUUAUAAUUCCAUUUUUUUGAGAAUGAGAGAUAGAGUGGGGGAAACAUGUUCUUCUUUAUUUGUUCUCAAAGAUUCAAAAUCAAUUUGUUAUGAAUGCUUUUUUCCCUCAUUUACUAGAGAUUUUACAACGAAAUAUCAUUUCACAAUGUAACAUGUUUAGACCAAUGAUUCCAACAAUAACGGGAUCAAAUAAUAAUUGUCAUAAG